UCAAUAGUCAAUCAAAUCAAAACAAAACUCAUCGUAAUGAUCUCCCAACUUCGUCCCCGUGUCUCACAAGUACUGACAGCCUACCUAAAGCAAACGGGCGAACCUCCAUGGACCUCAUACUUCAUCAAAUACGCCGACAUCCACGACAACGGCAGAGAACACUUUGGAUUUUCGCACUUUAACUGGACUCUCGAUACCGGAACAAAUUAUCACAUUUUGCGCACCGGUUGCUGGCCUUACAUGAAAUAUCAUUGCACAAAAAGACCGCGACAGGAUCUCUCGUUCGACGACAAAUUCUUCCGCUUCAUCAAAGUCAUCAAUUUCGGAUUGCCGUGCUUGUUUUAUGGCCUUGCCGCGAAAUAUUUGAUCCGACACAAGGAAGAAGUUUUCGUGGAAGGCUUUAAAGAUCCCGUGCCGAUUUAUUUUUUGUACGAGGAAGACAAGGGAAGCCAAUACUGAGACUGAAUUGUAGAAAAUUAUUUAUUUUUUAGCGAAUAGAACGUCGAAUUUUAGUAAGGUUUAA